UAUAAUUUCAAACUUAAAACACAUUUGUUCCGGUUUUUAUCACAAAUAGUCGCAAAUAAACGUGUAAAGGUCAAAUUCAAAUUAGUCAUCUGGAAAGUGUCUUAUCAGUUCGUAUAUAAUUUUUUACUUUUUCGUAAAUAGUUUCUUCAAAUAAUAAAAAAUGCCAGUAAAAAAUGAUGAACCUACUGGAACUGAACAGCAAACUGAUCAAAUUCCCAAUGAAACUACAAGAGAACUAACUCAAACAGACAGACUGAACAAACGUCUUUUGGAAUCCUUUCUUUCUAGAAUAAAUCAAACGAAUUUUAAUUUAAACAUUGAUAAUGAGGAUAAACACGAUAAAGAUUCCAAUAAUUUUCAAUAACUAAAAAUAAAAAAUAACAGCUGGAGGUAACAGCUGUCAAAUUCUCGAAAAUAACAUAACCUAACUAAUAUUAAUAAUUGGCGCGAAAUUUUCGUCUACUCAAUUUUUGUUAAAAAGUGCAUAUAAUCAAUUUUAAGUAAAAAUAAAUAUAUAAGUAAUAUGUCUUCAGAUAUUGAAUUGAUAAGUGAUGAUGAUGGGAGAAAUGGAGAGAUAUUAAGUGACACUCCUCUUGAAACAGAAAUAAUUGAAGGAGAAUCUAAUAACACACCUCAAGAAACUGAUGAAAAUAAAAAAGAUUCAGAAGAUGAAUCUAAAAAGAAGGUGGUUAAGCCAAAAAGGAUCAUUAAGAAUCCUCAACCUAAAUUUAAUGAAAACACCUUAAAAGCAGAAAAAGGUUUGCCAGCCAUCAAAGAUCAUUUUAAAAAUCUUCAAUUGAAGGGUAAAGGAUAUGAAGAACGCGAUUUAAAUACUAUUAUGAAGUCUUAUGAAUAUUGGUGCCAUCGUCUUUAUCCGAAAUAUACUUUUAAUGAUACCAUUGCUAGAUUGGAAGUAUUGGGAAAUAGAAAACCUACUCGAACAUAUUUAACAAAAAUCAGGCUGGGUAUGGAGUGCUCUGUAGAAGAAGAGAAAAUCGUAGCAAGUGAUGAAGAAAUACCUACAACAGGUUUUGUAGAACCUUUUGAUGACCGUUUUAAUCAGCUACUGUCAACCACUGUCAAUCAACCUGAACCGGAAUUAACUGAAGAACAAUUAGAAAAAAUAAGACAGAAUAAGUUGAGAGCAGAGGCACUAAGAAAAGAAAGGUUAUCAAAAAUUGGUCAAUCUAAUGAAGUAAUUAAUCAAAACAGCAGUGUUAAUUUGAGUCAGAAUCCACUCAAUGAUGAGCAAACUGAAAUGGAAGUUGAUGAGAAUCAAGAAAUGGAUUUAGACAAUAUGUUAGAUUUGAUAAAUGAAGAAGCACCUGGUACAAGUACUGCUGCAGAUUCACAAAAAUCUAUGAAUGAUAAAGUUUCUAAUUCAAUAAGAUCAGCAAGAUUUAAAUCUCUUCUUUAUAAUGAGAGCGAUGAUGAUACUAUAAAUUCUCAAAAUGCUUCUAAUAAAAACAGCAAUAAUAAAUCAGAUGAUGAUGAUCAGAGUAAAGAAUUGGAUCAGAAUAGUGAUGCUGGAAGUAUUGUCCUUCAUAAAUCCAACAGUCAAAAAGAAAAAAUUGCUAGAGGCCAGAAGAAAUCGUUUAGAAAGAAAAGACAGAAGAAAAACAAUUCAAGUGACAGUAGUAGUGAUAGUGAAACAGGAUCAUCAAGAAUUAAAGCUACUGCUAAUAAAAGAAAGAAAAAAAGACUUGUUCUCGAAAGUGAUGAAGACUCAGAUAAUGCAAAAAGUAGUAUUUCUCAAAUAUCAAAAGAUGAAAAUCAACUAGGCAGUGACAAAGAUUCAUUAAACACUAACACUAAGAGACAUUCUAUUAAAACAAAGAUGAUAAACAAAUCGAUUAUUCAAAGUGAUGAAGAUUCAAACAGUUCACAUCAAAUGAUGAAUACUAAUAGCCAGAGAAAUCAUAUUAAAAAAAAGAAGAACAAAUCUACUGUCCUAAGUGAUGAAGAUACAGACAAUUCAAAAACUAGUAUUUCUCAGAGAUCUAAAAGUUCAAUUCAAGUAGAUAGUGAUAAAGAAUCAUUGAAAACCAACAGUCAGAGAAGUUUCAUUAAAACAAAGAAGACAGGCAAAUCCACUGUUCAAAGUGAUGAAGAUUCAGAUGGUUCAAAAACUAGUAUUUCUCAGAGAUCUCAAAGUUCAAAACAAAUAGAUAGUGAUAAAGAAUCCUUAAAGACCAACAGUCAGGGAAGUUCCAUUAAAACAAAGAAGACAAGCAAAUCCACUGUUCAAAGUGAUGAAGAUUCAGAAACUAGUAUUUCUCAGAGAUCUAAAAGAUCAAUUCAAGUAGAUAAAGAAUCAUUGAAAACCAAUAGUCAAAUAAAUUCCAUUAAAGCAAAAAAGCCAAGCAAAUCUACUGUUCAAACUGAUGGAGAUUCAGAUGAUUCAAAAUCUAGUAUUUCUCAGAGAUCCCAAAGUUCAAAUCAAAUAGAUAGUGAUAAAGAAUCAUUGAAAACCAACAGUCAGAGGAGUUCCAUUAAAGCAACACAUCCAAGGAAAUCUACUGUUCAAACUGAUGAAGAUUCAGAUGGUUCAAAAACUAGUCAAAGUUCAAGACAAAUUGAUAGUGAUAAAGAAUCCUUAAAGACCAACAGUCAGGGAAGUUCCAUUAAAACAAAGAAGACAAGCAAAUCCACUGUUCAAAGUGAUGAAGAUUCAGAAACUAGUAUUUCUCAGAGAUCUAAAAGAUCAAUUCAAGUAGAUAAAGAAUCAUUGAAAACCAAUAGUCAAAUAAAUUCCAUUAAAGCAAAAAAGCCAAGCAAAUCUACUGUUCAAACUGAUGGAGAUUCAGAUGAUUCAAAAUCUAGUAUUUCUCAGAGAUCCCAAAGUUCAAAUCAAAUAGAUAGUGAUAAAGAAUCAUUGAAAACCAACAGUCAGAGUUCCAUUAUAGCAACACAUCCAAGGAAAUCUACUGUUCAAACUGAUGAAGAUUCAGAUGGUUCAAAAACUAGUAUUUCUCAGAGAUCCCAAAGUUCAAGACAAAUUGAUAGUGAUAAAGAAUCCUUAAAGACCAACAGUCAGGGAAGUCCCAUUAAAACAAAGAAGACAAGCAAAUGUACUGUUCAAACUGAUGAAGAUUCAGAUGGUUCAAAAACUAGUAUUUCUCAGAGAUCCCAAAGUUCAAAUCAAAUACAUAGUAAUAAAGAAUCAUUAAAAACCAAGAGUCAGAGGAGUUCCAUUAAAGCAAAAAAGCCAAGCAAAUCUACUGUUCAAACUGAUGAAGAUUCAGAUGGUUCAAAAACUAGUAUUUCUCAGAGAUACAAAAGUUCAAAUAGAGCAGAUAGUAAUAAAGACUCAUUGAAGACUAAUAGUCAAAGAAGUUCCAUUAAGACAAAGAAAAACAAAUCUGCAAUCCAAAAUAAAAAAUAUAAAGAUACAAAUGCAGCAGACAGUGAUAAAGAAUCAUUCACAAUUAGCUCUAGUGAAGAUUCAAACGAUAGCAAUGUUUCAAAUGAUACUACACUAAAACCCAAAGAUAGUGAUGAAGAAGUAGUAAAUAGAUCAUCUAAAAGUAAGAUGAAACACCAGGUGGGGGAUAAAACAUUAAGUAACAAUCAAACAACAAGCAGAGAUGCAACAAUAUAUAAAUCACAAAAGAAAAAUGGUAGAGUUGAAAGUGAUGAAGAAAACAAUGCUGAUAAGAUUAAUAUUGUCAAGGAAAAACAACGAAAACUUUUAGACAGUGAUGAUUCAGAUGAUGGCAACAAAUCAGAGACAUUUGGAAGACUUAAAGCUAGGAAAACUACUUUUUCAAAGAAAAAGAAUGUAAUAAUGAGUGAUGAAGAUGAUUAGAAAUAAAGUAUGUGAAGAAAUUUAGUAUUCAAGCAUUUGCGACCAAUUUGAUUUCUACUUUUUUUUUAUAGACUCGAUUUUUAUUCUAAAAGAAAUUAUUUUUUAAAUUUGUUUAUAGCAUUUAGAUGCGACUUUUUAAUGUUCGGUUAUGUUAUUUUUUUAAAUAAAACACUGUUAAAAUUAUCAUAUUUUUAUUAUUUAAAUCACAUUUUGUUUACUAAAGCUAAUAAUAAAAUAUUUACAAUGAUCAAAAGCAUAUUAUAACAUUGAUUUUAUGAUGAUUUCCAUUGCAGAUCUUAAAAAAUUAGAAAAUGAUUUUUUCUCUAUACAUUGCAGGGGAUAAACAUCACAUUUAAAUUUUGACAUAAAAGUGUUGACUUAGAGGGACUGAUAUAAGCAAAAUAGGUUAAUAUCAUGAAAUCACGACGAAAAUUCAAAUUCCUGUUCAAAAAUACAUAAAAUAUUAACAGUCGGAUAAACUUUGACAGAAUAACACGAACUUCAAAUUAUUCACAUUAUUUUGUCAAAGUUUAUUAGACUUGUAAAUUUUAAUGAACAUUCUUGCAACCGGCUGUUAAAGAAAUGUUUUUAACCGCACAUAUAUCAGGAGUGAAGUUACAAUGAUUAACCUAUUAUCACCUUUUACUCAAAACGUUUUUUUUUUAACAUCAGGUACAUAUCUAAUAUAGAACAGAACAAUUUGGUAAGUAGAGUAGUAUUUCACAGUCCAGAAUAUUCCAUAGUCGCAUAUGACUUUAUAUCAAGCUUCUGAUCACCUUUAGUUAAUCCAUUUUUUUUCUUCUUUAAAAUAAACUCUAGCAUAUUUAAAAUAACAGCAUUUGCACUUACUGAUAAAAAAUAUAAUGCAAAUUAUUAUGGUAAACUCAAUCUGUUCCAAAUCCAAUUUAUUCAAUUACAACAAACCCCGGAUUUUUAAUAUGUACAAAACAGAAACGAAACUUUAAACCCUGUGAAAUUUAUCAAAAGAAAAAUAUCAGUACGGUAAUACACACAGAAAAUCUUGAAAAAAAUCACCAGGUCAAAAUCACUAAAUGGCAUUCGGGAUUUCUGGAAUCAGCGAUGCAAAGAACGUUGCAAAAAAGGUCCAAACGAUCAUAAACCUCGACGGUGCUGCCGCUUCUUCUUCCUGGACUUGCUCCGGCGGACCAUUUAUAUUAUUGUUAUUAUUAUUCAUAUUUCUGAAAAAUCCUAUUUGAUACAAGUAAAGGCCGAUGCCCAGAAGUAAGACGAAGAGGAACCUGAUCGGACUCGAGUAGAAGUAGAUGACUAUGAAAAGGACCGUUGCUCUUGUCAACAUGUAAAAUACUUCUAGCCAAUCUCUUUCCGGGUUAUCCGGAUCUCUAGCUGCAGCCGCCGCGUCGGGUGCCGCAGGAGGUUGUUCAGCGGGGUUCGGAGGAGUCUCUGCAUUAUUUGGUACUCCUUGAGUUGUUGCUCCAUAAGAAUUUGCUGCUCUGGAAAUGAAAUAAAAUAAAAUCGUCUACUAAAAUAGGUACGUUCAAAAUUUUAUAAUGACGAUGUCGAUUAUUUUUUA